AUGCGCAUUUACUCGUAUCUUUGGCAGCAGCUAAUGCUGGCGCUGAUUGCCAGCAUCUGCGUCAAGGCCAAGCCGCUGGUCUCCUUCGGCGUCAGCUACCAGCAGCCGCAGCCCUACGUGGGACCGGGACCAGGAGCCUACUACAACAGCUACUACGGGGGCCCAGGACCCUAUCAGAGUGGCUACGGGUACUACUCCAACUCCAACCACUACUACGGCAGCAGUCCGGGGGCAUCCUAUCCGUAUCGGUAUCCCUAUGCCGCCGGACACCGCUACGGGGCCCUCGAUGUGGGCAUCGGCGCCCUGUCGCUAACCCCGUUCCUCCUCUAA